AUGAAUCAGAUCUUGCUACGUCUACCGAAGUCUUCCGUCUUAUCGAUAUUAGAAGAAUUUCAAAAGUUGAACUUAUCUGAUACAUUUGAAGAAGGACUGUUUAUAUCCGAGAAAGAAAUACAUAUACAGGUAGAUAACGAAGAUGAAGAAGAAGCUGGCUAUUUCCUUAGUGAUGUGGAAGAUGAGGUGGAUCAAGAACAGCAUGAAAACAGAGCCAGUGGCUCGGACUAA